AUGCUAAAUGAAUCGACUAUCCUUCAGUCUGAAAAACCAAAGAAGAUAUUCAUGCCAAAUGGAGAUAUUUCAUAUGUGACUCAUACUGGUGCUAGCACUAUAUCAGAAGGAAACACAAUUACUAAUGUGUUUUAUGUUCCAUCAUUUAAGUUCAAUUUGUUAUCAGUGUCUAGACUGACAAAGGAAUUGCAAUGCUCAACAACUUUCUUUCCUGAUUUCUGUAUAUUUCAGGAACUCUUCAGUGGGAAGGUGAGGGUGAUUGGUAGAGAAGAUGAUGGACUCUACAUACUAGAAAGACAAGCUAUUGGAACAUCUUUAGCAGUAGCAACUGGAAUAAAAGAUGAUGAUCAGACCAACUCAACUACAACAAAUGAUAUCGAUCUAUGGCACAGGAGGUUUGCUCAUGCUUCAACUACAAUCCUUAAAAAGUUGCUUCAUAGUAGAACAGAUCUUAUAGUUGAUAUUGUAAAACAGUGUGUAGUUUGUCCUUGUGUUAAGCAGACAAGAUUACCAUUUUCUAUUAGCGGUAUUAAAACCGCAUUCAUUUCCACCUCUUCAAGUGUUACUGAGCCUACAACUUAUUCAGAAGCAACCAAAGAUCCUAGAUGGAUAGAAGCAAUAAAAGCAGAAAUUGAUGCUUUACAAAGUAAUCAUAUAUGA